AUGUCAACGUUCGCAAAAGCAAAAGGAAGCAGAGGAAAGGUUGCAACCCCAGGAAAGAUGUCAAGAUCUCAAAAGGCAGGCUUACAGUUCCCAGUUGGGCGUAUCUCAAGAUUUAUGCGGCAUGGAAAAUACGCAGAAAGAGUAGGUGCAGGAGCUCCAGUUUAUUUAUCAUCAGUCCUUGAAUAUUUAGCUGCAGAGCUGUUGGAGCUUGCUGGAAAUGCAGCAAAAGACUUUAAAAAGAGCAGAAUUCUACCUCGUCAUAUACAACUUGCUGUAAGGAAUGAUGAAGAGCUAAACAGACUCAUGGCAGAUGCUAUUAUAUCUAAUGGAGGGGCAGUUCCAUUUAUACAUCAAGCACUUCUUCCAACUGGUCCAAAAGAAGAGGUGGAUCAAGAACUAUAA